UAUUACGCGAUCGUCACUUGUCAGUUGUCGCAACAUCUUUAUAUAAUAUCAUCGUCAGUGUAUAUAAAUAUUUAGUCUGGCGAGUGGCGAGAUUAAAUUUCAUAAUAAUUAAUAGUCGUGGUAUACAGAACWRACGCGACACCAUAAUAAUUGCAUACCUAUUAUGCUUAAAYAGUAAGCAUACGUCGCAACUAGUUAAUUAGUAGUAAAUCGAUCAAGACGUGUUUAAGUGAAGGAACAAUUUAAUUAUAUCGAUCGUAAUGUCGGUCUAUGAAAACGUAAACUACGAUGGCUUACUAGAGAAAAUGGACCGAAAAUCGGUUGUGAUCGAUGUCCGUGAAUGUCAYGAGCUUGCUGCAACUGGAUCGUUACCAAACAGUAUAAACAUUCCACUCAGCGAGUUGGAAAACAAUUUAAAUCUGCCUGCUGACAUAUUCGAGGAAAAGUAUAAAGUACCCAAACCCGAUAAAAACAAUGACGAAAUUGUAUUCUCCUGUGCCCGAGGAAAUAGAAGUCGUCGUGCAGCUGAAAUCGCUUUCAAACUAGAUUAUAAAAAGUAA